AUGGACCCUACCGAAUUUGCGAAUCGUUCGAACUAUGCGCGGGAAUUGUGCAUCGAGUUUCUUGGUCCUGAUGAGUUCGAUCACUGGCCAAUAACCCACCGAAGACUGUUUGAGGAUGUACAAAAGCUCGGCGGUACAGAAUUCAAGUCAUUCGUUGAGACAAUAACCGUAGAUUCAAUUGAGAAGCCAUGGAGAAGAACAACGACAACGCGUGCUAGCCGCUUAGCACAGGUGGCAAAAAUCAGUUAUCGCGAGAAGAAAAACGAAAGCGGAUGGAGAUAUGCUGUUGAAAACGAGAUAAUGUACCGAUUCUCGGUGGAGGUCGCCUGCCCCCAUUGUCGCAACAGGCUAUGGGAAUCCGAAAUACCCGCGGCAACGGAUAGCAUCCAGAAGCAAGCAGACUCACUAGACGACCGACGCAAGAAACGCAAGCCUUGCCGGUGUCCAAGGGCCCGAGGCGAUAAUCGAUAUGACGGCGGAAUCAAUAUGCUUUUUUCGGAUCGAGCAGAAGCCAGGAUUAAGCAUAACCCCCCAUUGAAAAUAUCUACCAAUCCAGUUAAAUUCAAGUACUGGGAGGCCCCUGACCGCAUUUACGGAUUGCGACAGACUGACAAUCUACGACUUCUUCUGGAUUCGCCAGAUAAGCGGCAUAUGGAAAGUUCCAACGUUAUUCUGCGUGAAUCCUUAGAGCAUAGUCCAUUCGGUGCCGAACCUGAACCGCUACUUUUCCCAUUCUUGAUGAUAGAGGCCAAGUCUAGCAGUGGAGCAGAUCGAGCUGAGGUACACAUGCAGUCUGCAUUUUGUCUUCGACGUUUGUUGAAACUCCAGCAUGAUCUUGUGGCUGCCACAGGAGAGGAAACACAGUGGGCUAGUGGGCCGCUCGUAUGGUUUAUUGGUACGCGUGGGGAGCAGUGGGACUUGUACGCGGGAUUUGUGGAGGAAAUUGACAGCGGGAUCAUACGCUAUCCUGUUAUUGAUCUGUGGAGUGGAGAUAUUCGCUGUCUAGAUGGUGCAUUGCAGCUUCUGCUGAUUAUUGACUACAUCUUUGACUGGGCCCGCGAUAUCUACCGAGACGCUAUUAUCAAUGAGCUGAAUACACUAUCGACUGGAGAAAUCAGUGACAAGGAUCCGGAUCUCUUUUCUACUAUGUCCCGGCGAAUGUCGCAUAUAUCCAACUGGACAAAUUUUCCUGAUGGCAGAGAAUCCACACCGACUUCUUUCCUUGCUGAAUCGCAAGAGAUGGGCUUCUUGAAUAUCGUUUUCCAAGAGGGUGUGAUCCGAGAUGCUUCGGUCAUCGAAUCACGUUACUUCUUGCUCCAAAUUACUGAGGAUGACAUCGAUAUGUUUCUUCUCUCGUUUCCAUCUGCACAAGAGGCUCAGGACUGGCUUCAAAGUGUGUUGAAAAUUCUCUCAAAUGCUUGGAGAGUAUCUUCCAAAACCAUCAAUGCCAUAGAGAGCAUUUGGACAGAGAAACCCAGGCCACCCCGCGCGAACUACCGCCAAGAGGAGGUAUUCUAUAUUAGUGUCGUGAUACUCUUGUUCAUGACCGAGAAUUGGGAGCCUGUAAGACAGUUGACUUGUCUUGCCAUCUCCGAGGGCGCUUUACAGGUUCUCUUGGUAAAGGCCGGAUGCGACACAGCCUUCCCCUUUGACGGCUGCCCAGAAGUAGGAGAACUGAGUAUCCAGAGUAUACUUGAGCGCAUUUUGAAACAGUCAAUUUUGGAUAAUCUGACCGCAGCAGUAUCUAUGCUUUUCGACAGCGAAGAUGGAGGAGUUCUGGUGGAUGGAAUUAUUCACCGGAAUGACUCACCGAAGCGUGGACUUUUUGUUUUUGGUGAGCUACCAGACUAUGAGAGCCUGUCCAGCUUCGUCUAUAGGGUAUCAAGGGACGGUGUCUACUUCAAAACCAUGCAGCUUGGUCCAGUUCUACCUUUGGCAGGCUUCUUUCGUCACCUCAAUAGCCCCAUUAGGCUCAAACAAGAAUGGAAGGAUAGGGCCGAUCCGUUAUCAUUUCUGUCCUGGAGAGAAAAACUAGAAAACAUGGGCGGCCUGCAAGACCACCAGUCAGGAGGAAGGCCAUCAUCACCCAUGAUUAUAUCCUCGGAUGAGGAAUAA